ACGAUGAAUUCAAAUGAAAAAAGGGAUUUUUGGAUACGUCUAUGUUUAGCCAUACCUAUAUUAAUUUUGGCUUUUUUAUGUCCUUGCUUGCUACUUUAUGCGACAUACUCAUCCGAUCAAAUACCAGGCUCAAAAAAUUUAAAAAUAGUUCAAGUUUUUCGUCAAAUUUAUAUAGCAAAUAUAAUUUGUAUGUGGCUUUUUGGCGCUUUUACAUUUUCUUGGAGAAUUAAAGAUUGUGUAAAUCCUGAUUUCACGAAUCGUGAAUUUUAUGGCGAAGAACGUCCC